AUGCAAGUUGAGAUCAAAGCCCUGGGAUCAAAGGCAGUAGCCGAGGCAUGCCGUCAAGAGCCGGCAGUGCAAGUUCCUCGAGUACUGCGCAAGACUAAACACGGCUUCAUCAUGAGCUGGGCUGGCGAGGUAGACCUAUUGAGUGCCUACAAGGAUAAGACAAGGUACUCGUCCUCGUUGGACGUAGGAGCCAUCGGCACGCAUCUGGGGAAUUGGCUGGCGUGUCUACAUCUUGCUGGGAUAGACGACCAAGAUGGUUGGGAUUCUCUACACAACGAAGACGUAGCCAAGUAUGGAGACAGAGAGGAAUACGUGAUCCGCACCGCCAUGGGUAAGACCGAUUAUAGCUCAGAGCAGGUCGAAGGCGUGUUAAGGACCUUGCGAAAGCCCGGCCGUGUGCAGACACUGACACCUUGGGACUUUCGGCCGAUGAACACACUACUGCGGGUGAAAGAAGGUGAGGGAGACGCAGCGGUGCACGAUCUCACAAUUGUGGACUGGGAGUUCUGCCACUAUGGUGAGCCUUCCAAUGACCUUCGGUUGUGGGUGGCUGAGGCGAUGGUCCUAGAGGUCAAGCAUGGCGAGCGAGGGCUUCUUUCGUCCUUUUUGAAGGCGUACAAGGACAAGGCGGGUGCUGUUAUUAUUGAUGAGGAUUUUGUGUGCAAAGUGGCUGUUGCUGUUGGGACAUUUCUGCUGCUCUUCAUGCCUGCGAAGAUAUGGGACUGCACAGAGGAGGACAGGGAGCCAUGGACGGAAACAGCUAUUCAAUAUGUUAAAGCUGGGGCGGAGCGUAAUAUGGCUUGGUUGAGCCAGAGUGUUCUAAAACCCUUGCUAGAUAGGUGA